UUCGUAUGGGCCGCGUCGUUGCAAUCCAUCAGCACAAAAAAAAAACAGCUCUCCUUCGAAACCCACGCAAUCAUGUUGACUGUCGAGGAAAAAACUGAUAUCCAGCAUGUGGACGACCGACGCGAUUCGAUUGACCCACCAAAGCCGAACCAGAUUGUUCACAUCGACAAUUUCCACGUCUUGGGUUUAAGUCCUGAGGAUGCCGAAUUCUAUACCAAUUUCUCGGAAGUGAAGAGAAAAACGGUGAUUCACAAGGUAGACGUUCGGCUAGUGCCUAUGUUGGCGGUGCUUUACCUCAUUUCCCAUAUUGAUCGGGCCAACAUUGGUAAUGCAAAGAUUGAGGGUCUCGUUGAAGACCUUGGGCUCAGCGGCGUACAAUGGAAUAUUGUACUUUCGGUCUUCUUUGUACCCUACGUUCUUCUCGAAGUCCCCUCGAACAUGCUCUUGAAGAAGUUCAAGCGACCCUCGGUAUACCUUGGCAUCUUGAUAGUAUGCUGGGGUAUCAUCAUGACUAUGAUGGGUGUAGUAAAGAACUUUGCUGGACUGUUGGUGACUCGGAUUCUUCUUGGUAUCUUUGAAGCUGGCUUCUUUCCGGGCGCGAUCUAUCUUUGUUCGGCUUGGUACAUGCCCAAGGACCUCGCAACGCGCAUCUCGUAUUUCUACUGCGCUUCAGCGCUGUCCGGUGCAUUCAGCGGACUUCUCGCAGCUGCCAUCGCCAAAAUGGACGGAGUUGGCGGGUACGAGGGCUGGCGAUGGAUCUUCCUUCUCGAGGGUAUCGUAACUGUCUUCUUGGGCGUUUCGUGCUUUUUCCUGUUGAUUGACUCGCCAAAACUGAGUUCACGUUGGCUUGCGCCCGAGGAGAUCCGUUUCCUUGAGCUACAAAAGUUCAUCAAGGAUGGUGGUAGGCUCCAGGAAGAACAACAACAUUUCCGAUGGAAAGAUCUCAAGAUGGUUUUAUGCAACUGGCGGUUGUAUAUGCAAGCUUACAUCUUACUCUGCAUUUCCGCUUGCUCUUAUGGUACGAAGUUCACCCUUCCAACCAUAACAAAAUCCAUGGGUUUCAACAACACAAAUGCCCAGCUCAUGAGCGUACCGCCUUAUGUUGCAGGCGCGAUCAGCUCAAUUGUGUUUGCUCGCCUUUCUGACCGAUUCUACUGGAGAUUGCCGUUCGUUGCGAUUCCUCUCUCUUUUAUCUUCAUCGGUUACUCCGUAAUCAUCUCGUUUGAUGGUGAGCUGGCCCAGAACAUUGGUCCUGCAUUUUUCGGUAUUAUUCUCACUUGUAUGGGUAUCUAUCCCAUUCAGCCUGCGGGAUCGUCCUGGGCUGCAAACAAUCUCGCGCCUUCUUCCCGCCGCGCAAUCGGUGUCGCAUUCAACAUAUGUGUGGGCAACAUUGGCGGUGUCAUCGGUUCGUAUAUGUACCUGGAGUCCGAGAAGCCCAAGUACUAUACCGGUUUUGGCCUCUCCCUGGCGUUUGGUGCGAGUGGGUUUAUCGUCGCAUUUUUGCUGGAGUUGUCGUACAAGUGGGGUAACGCGAAGAAGGCCAAGAUGACGGAGGAUGAGAUCCGCGCGAAGUAUACGGAUGAAGAGCUGAUGGACAUGGGUGAUAAGUCGCCGCUUUUCAAAUAUGUACUGUGA